AUGGAGGGCGCCGUCCAUGUCAAGUCCGAGCCGUCGGAUGCCAACGAAGUGCUCACAUGCACGCCUCAGCGGACCAAGACUGAGGUCAAGCAAGAGCCGUCUGCCGGCAGUCUGGAAGAUGCUGCUUCUUUCCCCGACCCCGACCCGGUCCAGCCCCUCCACGACCAGCAGCAGCAGCAGCAACAACAACAACAACCCGAUGCCCUCGAGCAGUGGGCCAAGCAGACGUCGCCCAAGAUUCUCGAGCAUGGAGUUCACCUGGGCAUGGACGUCCUCGAGACCAUCAAGUUUCCUCUGACUGCUGCUGCAUCCAUUCCCGGCACCCAGGCUUCUACAUGGCUCGAUGCCAUCACCCAACUCGAAUCUCGUGCUCAGCCUUUCAAAACUAUCGUCGGCGUCGUCGGCAACACCGGCGCCGGGAAGAGCUCCGUCAUCAAUGCACUGCUUGACGAGGAGAGGCUGCUUCCGACAAAUUGUCUCCGAGCUUGCACUGCUUCUCCGACCGAGAUCUCGUACAACCGCAGUGACGACCCGGACGAGCUCUACCGAGCCGACAUUGAGUUCAUCGCCGCCGAGGACUGGAUCAAGGAGCUGAAAACCCUCUUCACAGACUUGUUCGACGACAAUGGCAAUGUGUCUCGUGAAUGCAAUAACCCUGACACAGAGGCGGGCAUCGCCUAUGCCAAGAUUAAGUCCGUCUACCCCUCCAAGUCGAAUCAGAUGAUCGCUGAGAGCAGCCCCGAGAGACUCGCCUUCGAGCCCGCCGUCAGAGGCGUCCUGGGCAGUGUCAAGAAGCUGAGGUCAUCCACAGCCAAGGAGCUUUACCACGGCAUGCAACGCUAUGUCGACAGCAAGGAGAAGGACCAUCAUCUCAAAAAGAACGUCGCCAUGGAGUACUGGCCCUUGAUCAAGGUUGUCCGUAUCUACACCAAGGCGGAUGCCUUGUCCACUGGCGCUGUCAUUGUCGACUUGCCCGGUGUUCAGGAUUCCAACGCUGCUCGAGCAGCUGUUGCCCAGCAGUACAUGAAGGCAUGCACUGGUCUUUGGAUUGUCGCCCCUAUCAACCGUGCAGUUGAUGACAAGACCGCCAAGUCCCUUCUUGGAGAUUCAUUCAAGCGUCAGCUCAAGUAUGAUGGUAUCUACUCGGCCGUGACCUUUAUCUGCUCCAAGACGGACGAUAUCUCGGUGACUGAGGCCGCCGAGAGUCUCAACAUGGAGUCUGACGUAUCCGAGUCUUGGGCCAAGAUCGACGAUCUACGUCGCCAGAUCAGCGCUCUCAAGAGACAACUCACAAGCGGCAGGGAAGAGAAGGCGGACUUGGUCGAUCGGCUUGACCAGCUCGACGGCAAAUGGGAAAUCUGGGAUGAGCUUUCGCAGAAGCAUACCGACGGCAAGACCGUCUACCCUCCUUCAAAGAAUGCAAAGAAGCGAAAGAGAGGAGCCACCUCUGCCAAGAGCCGCAAGAACCGUGUUUCGUCUGAUUUUGACGACAGCGACUCCGACUCGGCCUUUGAAUCCGCUAGUGAUAAGGAGAACCAGCCUGAAGAUGAGGACCGAGAGCCUUUGUCGGGGGAUCAGAUCCGGGAAGUGCUGGCUGAUCUUAAAGCCGAGAGAAAGGAAAUUCGGCAGAUGAGGAAAGAACUCGACGCCAAGCUGUCGGGGAUCCGAGAUGACUUGAAGCCCCUUCAGCACGAGGAGGGUCGCCUGCUUGGGGCUGUCAAGGCCGUCUGCAUCCAGGGAAGAAAUGGCUACUCGAAGGGCGCCAUUCAACGAGACUUUGCAAUGGGGAUCAAGGAGUUGGACCAGGAGACUGCGAUGGACGAGGACGAGGAUGCCUUUGAUCCUGAAGAGGAGAUCAGAGACUAUGACGAGGUCGCACGCAACCUGCCCGUGUUCUGUGUUAGCAGCCGUGCUUACCAGAAGAUGAGAGGGCGGCUGCAAAAGGACGACUUCAACAAUGACGGAUUCCGGAACGUCGACGAGACUGAAGUCCCCCAGCUUCAGCGGCAUGCGAAGAAGCUCACCGAAGCUGGCCGUGCCGCCACCAGCCGUCAAUUCCUCAAUGGCCUCAGCCAACUUCUCAACUCCAUGAAGAUGUGGGCUUCUAAUGGAGAGCCUCAGUCUCAUAUGAGCCACAGCGACAAGAAGAACGAGGAGACCCAUCUUCAAGGGGAGUUGUCAAUUCUGGAGAGGACCCUUGCCAAGGCUGUUGACGACUGUCUUGCCUCGAUGAAGACGGUCCUUUCCGAGUGUAUCUACGAUCACUUUUGGUCUGCAAUUUCCGCUGCCGACAAUGCAGCUGUCCCCACCGCCAGUUCGUGGGGCGCACAUCGCAGUGCAGGCGGCAUGCUUUGGGCGACCUACAAAGCGACGUGCCGUCGUUCUGGCGUGUAUUCUGGUGCCUCUGGCCCUCGAGACUUCAAUGCCGAGCUGUUGGAGCCUAUCAGCAAGCAGCUAGCCAACGGUUGGGAGAGGGCCUUUCUCCGUCGUCUUCCCCAAGUGCUCGAGAAUUUCGCUGUGGUCGCCCGGCUGCCGCUGGAGAACUUCCACCGUCGUAUUGUUGAGUACUUCGAGCAACGUGGUACCGGUACAAACCACGCCGGCAUUAGCAUGCUCAGCCAGCAACUCCGGACGCACGUAACACGGCUCAAAGAGAUCCCGGGCACGCUCCGCACCGUCAUCCAGGAUCUGCAGCGGGAGGCCAGCAGAGGGUUCCAACCUGUGGUCACAAGGGACAUGGAGCCGGGAUAUGACGCGUGCCCUGGCUCCUACGCGCGCAUGAAAGCCCAUAUGAUCAACCACGUUGAGACUCAACGCCACGGGAUGUUUGUACGCUCCACCGAGAGCGUCAAGACGGAGCUCCAGGCGCUCUGUGAGCGAGUCGAGCAGGAAAUGAGGGCGCAGGUCCUCGACAUCUACAACCUGCUCGCCCGCGACUACUUGGCCGUCCUCGUGGGCGUCGAGUCUAGUACUGUCCAGGCGCCCGGCCCGCGCAGCCCCGAGCGCCUCCUCCGGGCCGAGAUGCUCCCGAUCCUGCGUGACGCAGCGCGGUGGUUCAUCGAUACCUCGGGCGGCGAUGAUGAUGGCCCUUUCAAAGAUGAGUCCCCCGGCCGAGCGCCGAGCCCUUGCGCCGGCGAUGACGAUGACUUGGACAACCUUGCGGCGACGCAACUCCACGAGGAGUCCGAGGUAUGGGCUCGCGGCCGAGACGGCGUAGGCAUCAAGAGUGAGCCGGCCGUGUCGUAA